AUGAUGGCACUCGUAUAUAAACGCCGUGAAAUAUUCGUUCAGCAUCAUUCACUUCAGUGUUGUUUAACAAGCAUCAUGAAAUUAUUUUUAAUAACAUUGUUGGUCGCCGUGUGCUCGGCCGGACGUUUAGAGAAUAAUUACUUACCUCCUAAUAAUGCUCCCACUUCUGGAGGCAACGGCCAAUUCCUUACAGCUCCUUCUGCAGCAGCAGCAGCAGAAGGCCCAGCGACUCCACCAGUGCCGAUUUUAAAAAACGUGAAUGAAAACAACGGCGACGGAAGCUACAACUUUGAAUAUGAAACCGGCAAUGGCAUAAACCAUCAAGAGUCUGGUCACUUGGAAAACCAGGGAAGUGAAAACGAGGAGCAAGUAGUCAGCGGAUCUUACUCCUACACUGGUCCUGAUGGCAACGUCUACACCGUCCAAUAUCGUGCCGACGCCAACGGCUUCCAGGCCUUCGGAGACCACUUGCCAACCGCUCCUCCAGUACCAGAGGCCAUCUUGAAAUCCUUGGAGCAGAACAAAGCCGAAGAAGCCAGCCAAGCCAGUCAACAAUAUUUACCGCCUAACAAAAACAGCAAUAGCGGAUACCGCUAUUAA